GUGAUCAGCGACUCGCUCGCGCGGGAUCCGUCGAGGUGGAGCGAGGAAGCCCGCCGUCAGCUGCACCAGUGGCAGCUCUGGCUCUUCCUUGAGCGAGGAGCAGACGCGCAGCAGCAUCUUCUUCCCUCCCCUCAGCGCCAGCUUUGCCGCGACGCUAUGGUGGCGACCAUAGCUCGGCCGUCAGGCUUGCAGCGCUCCGUCGCGGCUGCCCUCGCCGCCGUCCAGCACGGCUUCGAGGAAGAGCAUCUCGAGCCGCGCACCGGCUACUCGCUCGACCUGGCGCUGCCCUCGACACGCUUCGCGAUCGAGGUGGACGGCCCCUCUCACUUCCUGCUGCCCGACGGCCGGGGCGUGCGCAGACCCAAUGGGCCAACGCUGCUCAAGCGGCGCCUCCUCGCGGCGGCUGGCUGGAGGGUGAUCAGCGUUCCAUUCUACGAGUGGAACGGCGUCGCGACGGCCAAUGGGCAGCAAACCUACCUGGAGAGGGCGGUCGCCCCGCUGUUGGGCUAGUACUUUGGUGCUUUGUGUGGGUCGCGUUCCCUUGGUAGCUGCGUGGCUGAAGCCCUCGUGCCGCCGCACUAUCAAACUAUUAGCCUAAUAACGUAUGAGUAU